AUGCCUCUUUUUGUGCACCAACGUUCAUGCAAAGAGCUUUCAGGUCGUCCAGCGCCGUCAGUGGAAUGGUUUGACAACAACGGACAGCUUAUCAGCGAUUCGGAACAAUUCAAAAUAGAAAACGCUGAACUGAGCACGGUUUUGACUAUCAAACGCCUACGAGUGGAAGAUCGUGGAGAGUUCAAGUUGAGAAUACGAAAUCGAUGUGGCGAAGACUCGUUCUCGAUUGGUAUUCAGGUAACGUUUGAAUCUGCUUUGAGUCAUCUUCUUUUGGAGUGCUGGGGGCUUGUGAGUGGUGAACUCGAAUGUUUGAAAAAAGAAGGAGCUUCAAGAUAA